AUGUCCAAAUCCAGGUGAGUUGUAUGCACCUCUGUAGUCUAGGGGUUCCCAAACUGCAGGCCAUGGAGCGCUUCAUUUAGGUGGUCCUUGGCAUGUCUGUUAAAAUGCACUUUAAAAUCACGUAGCAUCUAGCUCACUGCUUUACAGUUGCUGUAACAGGCAGAAAAAAUAAGGUCUAGGCCACCAGCAAUUUCCAAGUGGUCUGGGGAAUGAAAAGAGUUUGGGAACCACUGCUCUAACCUUUAGCAAGGCCUAUUUCAAAGGCAGCUUGUAGACCUGGAAUGCCCCCUUGCAAAUCCUGUUUCAGGAGGAACUUGUAAGCCUGGAACUUCCUGUAUAGCAAAUACAAAAGAAACUCUCAAGACCAUGUAUGAACAAGCAUGUUGACGGGUGGGUGAAAGGGUGUACUCACGUGCACUUCAUAAAUGUUUUCUACAGUGAAAACAUGUUUUUAUAAUGCAUGGCAUGAUAGGACUGAAUCUUCCCCUCUCUGCAGUGAUCGCAAGGACAAGAACACUCCCACAGAAGAUGAAGCUCCCACCGACUUCACUGUUCGAACCCGCAAGAGAAAAGCUGAUGUUGCCACAGUAAGUGCCUGUAUUUGUGGGGGAACGACUCCAGUCAUCGAAGAGCACUGCCCAAAUCCGAUCAUGUAACUAGCAACUGUAUCCGUUUGAAAGGAAAAACAGCGUUAUGACUCACACUCACCCAAAACCUUUUUCAUGACAUUAUCUACUCCUGAAGAUAGGAUUAGCAUACUCGUCAGUUGAUUGCCUAUUUUAGUUUGGUUAAAUAGUCUGUAAAGCGAAGAAUGUCACUCUGCAUGGUAAGUCCCAGGCAAGGUUAGGAGCAAAGGAAGCUGCCUUAUCCUGAGGCUGAUUUGCUCGCCAUAGUAAGCCAAGUUGUGGCUUACGAAGCCCACACAAACGGGCGUGUUCUCAAAGAGUCCUUUUUACUGCUGCACCAUACUGUGCUAAGCCAAGGUUUCUUUUAACAUGUUUUCCUGACUGGGGACUUGUGGCCGCACUCUUUUCACUAGCCACAAACUGUAGCUAAAGAUUGAUUGUAGAGUCUUACUUAGCCAUAACUUCAUUGACCAUGUUACAUGAACCAGGUCUGUGUCAGACUACUGGUCCAUUUAGCUCAGUGGCUUUCAGUGGUUUAGACAGAACAUGUUCCCAGGUCUACCUGGAGAUGUCAGGAUUGAACCUGCAUAAAAUGCAUGUACUCUACUACAGAACAUAUAUUCUCCUACGGGCCACCUGCUAAUAACAGCAGGUAUCUCUGAACAGGUACACAAACAGCUGUUUGGGGCAAGGGCCGCUGCCCAGCACUACCUAUGGCUCCAUCUUUCUGGCUGCAAGAACCAGGAAGUACCCUCUCCACAUCAAGUCAUCUGCUCUGAGAAGAAUUAAACACUAGUUUGGAAACUUAGUAACUUCUAAAAAGUUAACUUCCUUGUUUCAUAACGGUGGUUAUUUUUAUUUUAUUUUAUUGUAGCUAGGAAAAGUAUCAGAACAGUGAUAAAAGUAUCUAUUUUCAUUCUUAAUGCAUUCAAAGUACUUGACUGUUGCUCGAUUGAUUAGCUGCUCUAUUCUCAUUUGAGUGAUUCUAUACUCAAUCCCACCUAAAUAAAUCCCUUGCCUAACUUUCAGUAGAAAAUUGAAUUGCAGACUUUUAGCAAGCACACUGCCCCCCCCAUGCCACCUCCACAUAAGUAAAAUAGUUGCAAUGUGCAUGGGGGAAACAACGAAUUCCUUAAGGUUUUUCCAUUUACACUUAGGUUUAACCUUGGCUAAAGGCAAAAGGCAAAACAUAAUUAUGUAGACACGUGCUAGCUGGUAGAUCUUGGUGGAUUCUAUCUUCGCAGAAUAGAUGGUAGUACAGUGGUACCUCGGGUUAAGAACUUAAUUCGUUCCGGAGGUCCGUUCUUAACCUGAAACUGUUCUUAACCUGAAGCACCACUUUAGCUAAUGGGGCCUCCUGCUGCCACCGUGCCGCCGGAGCACGAUUUCUGUUCUCAUCCUGAAGCAAAGUUCUUAACCUGAGGUACUAUUUCUGGGUUAGCGGAGUCUGUAACCUGAAGCAUCUGUAACCCGAGGUACCACUGUACAUUUGUGCUCAUGUAACCGUAUCCAAUCCUGCUAACCUAGCAGUUCGAAAGCACGUCAAAGUGCAAGUAGAUAAAUAGGUACCGCUCCGGCGGGAAGAUAAACGGCGUUUCUGUGUGCUGCUCUGGUUCGCCAGAAGCUGCUUAGUCAUGCUGGCCACAUGACCUGGAAGCUGUACACUGGGUCCCUCGGCCAAUAAAGCGAGAUAAGCGCUGCAACCCCAGAGUCGGCCACGACUGGACCUAAUGGUCAGGGGUUAGGGUCCCUUUACCUUUAACCGUAUCCAAAAUGAGUAGUGAAACGCAUGUGAACAGCCAUCGCAUAUGUAAAGCCUGUAUUUUAACUUCCUUGUUAUGAUAGCUAAUGUUCAUGAACUGCCUUAAGACUAUAGCAUAGGGAGACCUUGGCUGAAUCAGGCCAAAAGCUCAUCUAGUCACUGUUCUCGCAGUGGCCAACCAGAUGCCUGUGGAAAGCUCACAAGCAGAGCCGGAGUCAUCUAAUCCCAGAGCCACUUCUCUCUAUUCACCGCCCCCCGUUUACUGCAGGCUGGUAAACCUCACUUCAUUUUUUUCCAUGUAGUUUUUACAGGAUCCAGAUGAAGAAAUUGCCAAAACAGAAAUUACCAAGAAGAAACAGAAUGAGAGCCAGGUAAUUACUUGGUAGUUGGACUGGUAUUCAGUGAUACUGUUUUAAUUUGUAUAGCUCUGUUGGGUCCUGAAGCAUUAAGCCAGGUGUGGAGAACCUGUGGACCUCCAGCUCUUGCUGUGCUUCCAUCAAACCUGAUCACUGGCCAUGCUGGCUGAGGCAUGAUGGGAGUUUGAGUCCAGCAACAUCUGGAUGGUCACAGGUUUCCCAUCCCUGCAUCACACCUAUGAGACUUAGAGGAUACAAUCAGUUCCAACUUUCUCUAGUUCCCAGGCACAGAGGCAUAUUUGUUGUUGUUUGUCCCAUGUACCUGUGGUAGGACUGUGGUAGGACUGUGAAGUUGUUGGAAAUUCUCACUUUUCAGGGUUUCAACUUCUGCCCAGAGCCUGUAGAUUCUGCAUUUCUGAGCAGAGAGAGGUGGGAGAUGCUGCCUACAUCUGAUGCAUAUUCACUCAAACACCAAGGCAUCAUGCCAUGAAUAGGGUGCCUUUUCAUAUGCUUCAAAUACAGUAUUUUUAGACUAUGUUUUCCCCAGUAAUACGUUUAACCAAACUGAAAUAAACACAAUGGGUUACAUUCAACUAAAUCCUAACCAGAGGAAACCCUUGAAAUUAAUGAACCUAAGUGUGUAAUGCCCAUUAACUUCAAUGGGUCCACUCAGAGUAGGACUAAUGGGGAAUAUCACCCAUUGUCCAGGCUUUUCCACUGGAAGAGGACAGGCUGUUGCCAAGUAAAUGUAACCCAGUAGAACCCAGUAGGUGGCAUGUCCCUAUCUUUAAACUGUGAAAUGUUGGGAGGGUGCAAUAUAUUGCAAUGUAGUGACCAAAUGUUUUGAGUUGUGGUAUGGAUGUCUUAGCUCAGCUUUACCUAUGAAUGUACUAAUUGCUCUCAUUCAAGCCACAAUCUUAAUUAGAAGGUUUGAGACAAAAUUUGUGAAUUCUCAUAUCACUAGAUGCCCUGGACUCCCAGAUCUAUCAGUGAGCAGUAGGGUCCCUUUAAAAGGAAACCAAAAAUAUUUGGGCUUUGCAUCUUUUUUAGAAAAAGUCCCACUUUUCAUUUCCAUCUCUUUGCUAGGCACAGAUACAUAGGACUAUGAAGAGCUCCAUUUUUGUUGAAAUGAGCCUGCAUAAUCUUUGUGUACAGAGAUGAAAUUGGCUGGAGCUGAAAAGAAUGCAUCAGCUUCCUUUGUCUAUUGUGACAGUUUUCAGGGUGGUAGUUAAACUGCGGAAAGAGUGAUCAGGAAAUGUUGCUCCUUUUUUUUUUUGCUUUUUUUUGCUUUUUUUUUUUUUUGUCCACUGGCUAAUCCAAAAUGUGGUAUACCUUCCCAAUUAAGGCAGCUGGAGAUCUAGAGGCUAAUGCUACCAUAGCAGAUGGGCUUUGUUUGCUAUGGAUUCUGCUUCCUACAACUCCCUAUUCCAGUUGUCGGUCAACCUGUUCAACAUUCAUUUUCUGGACCUUUCCUUAUGAGGAGGGAGUUUCCUUCCCUUUCGUCAUCAUAGGGGGAGAUACAAUAUUAACUAAUCAGGUUUGACCAGGGAGGGUUAACCGGCUUUCACCACACUGUCUGGUCUUUUUCCCCAUUUUGCUGAGGUGAAAUCCAUCAACUGACCUGGCAAAGUUUUGAUGGAAAUAAGUGACCAACUUGUUUCUUAAGAUUCCUUAAAUACUAAAUUUAAGUGUACAGAUUAAACCAUGCAUAUUCCUAAAAGAAGAUGGUUGAGAAAACAUGUCUAAUUAGGUCCACUACUCAGAACUAGAUCAUGGCUCCUUCAUGAGUGCUUUUGUGGUUGCUAACCCAAUUAUGCCACAUUACAGUAGGGCUGUGUGAUAAAUUGCCAUAUUGUUGAACAUAAACAAAGAACUGGAAAGCACUUCUUCUCUCACACUCACCCCAACCGGAGGGGGAAGAGUUACUAUUUUCUGGUGGUAAUUAUGUUGUUGGUUUGCCCUAAAUAACUUCCCUCUAUAUAAAAAAGGAAGGCUAUUUAUUUAUUUAUUUAUUUAAAUGAGACUGGUGGGAUGAGGACCCUUCGGGGUGGGUAAUGGAGAGAAGAUUUAGCUGGUUGCCUUAUGCUGAAAUGGGAGGUUGGAUACUAUGUGAGUUUGAUGGGGAGGGUGUUUUUCGGUAAGCAGGGCAAGCAAGUGCAUGUCUACUCACAAGCAAGCCAUACUGAAUUCAAAGGCCCUCCACCGUCAUACGGAGCCAUGUCAAAGCCUUCGGCUGCUGCGGGGAAGCGCGGUGCACCCUCCACUGCCAUGAGGAGGCAUGGCAAGGCCCUAUGCUGCGCGGAAGCGCAGCAGGGAGGUAUGGUGGGACUCUCUGCCACCAUGGGGAGGUGUAGCAAAACCCUUUGCUGCUGCAGGGAAGUGCGGUACACCCUCCGCUGCCAUGGAGAGGUAUGGCAGGAAAUUCUGCCACUGAGGGGAGGCGCAAGGCCCUCUGGCGCUGCAGGGAACCGUGGCACAUCCUCUGCCGCCGCUGGGAGAUAUGGCGGGACCCUCUGCCACUUGGGAAAGCAUGGCAAGGCCAUCUGCUGCUGUGGGGAAGUGCAGUGCAGCCUCUGCUACCAUGGGGAGAGAUACGGCAGGACCCUCUGCCGCCGCGGGGCAGAGCAGCUAAGCCCUUCUCUACUGCAGAUAUAUAUAGAGAUAUUGUGAUACUUAACUGGUGAGAUAUCGUGAUGUUGAAAACCAGAUCUCUCCCAGCCCUUCAUCACAGUGUGUUUAAUAGCCCUUAGAUGUGUCAUUCCACAUGGUGUUGCCUUGCAUCAGGUACAACUGCAAUAUUCUGCCUACACUUGGCAGAAUAUUUUAGAUAUUGUGGAGAUUGUAGGAAUAAUUUACAUUAACUGUUUUACCUACCCUUUUCCUUUUCAAUAGUGUGUAGAAGAAAGCUCAAACAGCUGCAUGGUUACAUUUCCAAAGCAAAAGUUUGCAUAAAAUGCAUUUGCCUUGCAGCUCUUGCUCAGCAAUAAAGCUGUUAGCACAGCAUCUGUUCCUAUAUGGAGAAAGUGCUUUGCUGUAACAAUAUGUUGUGCUGGCUAUCUUGAAGGCUUAUGAAGCCAUCAUCUGACAGCUCAACAGCAGCUCUGUAGUCUAUGGUAUAGCAUUCAUAGAGUUAUAGAGUUGGAAAGACCCUGAGCGUUAUCUAGUCCAACCCCCUACAGUGUAGGAAUCUCAACUAACGCACUCAUGACAGAUGGUCAUACAACCUCUGCUUUAAAACCUUCAAGGAAGGAGACUACACCACCUUCAGAGGAAGUCUAUUCCACUGUUGAGCAGCUGUUACCAUCAAAAAGUUCUUCCUGAUGCUUAGUCAUAACCUCUUUUCUUGUAACUUGAAGCUAUUGGCUUGGGUCCUAACCUCUGGAGCAGGAGAAAACAGUCUUGUUCCAUCUUCCAUGUGACAGCCCUUUAGAUAUUUGAAGAUAGCUAUCAUAUCUCCCCUCAGUCAUCUCUUUUUCAGGCUAAACAUACCCAACUCCCUCAACCGUUCCUUGUACGGCUUGGGUUUCCAGAACCUUGAUAAUCUUGGUCACCCUUCUCUGCACACCUAUCUUGUCAUUAUCCUUAACUUGUGGCACCAAGAACUAGACACAGUUCCGUAAGUUACUUCUUGGUAUGAAUUGGUUUCUGUCACUAAUGAGAAUGGAUCUUUUAUCAACACCAUAUACCCAGCUAUUGGAAAAACAAGAGAAGCUUUAAAAAAAGAAACCCAGUGAAUUAUGAAUUGAAAUAUGCUUGACUGUUCCAUUGACUGGAUGGAGGAUAUUUCACUGUCAAUAUCAUGCAUAGAAGAAGCACUGUCAGUCCCACUUAAAGUGUGCAGAGUUCAUUGGUAGUAUCAGCCUAACAUAAGGCUAGAGCUUUUAAUUGCAACACAGCUCCCUUUUUACAUUAAGAAAGGGCAGUUAUAUUGCCCAGUUGGCAGAAGCAGAUUUUUUCAGCAUGUGGUUCUCAAGACGAUUGUGUCAUAGCUAAAAAUGCUUGCUAUUUCUCAAACUAGCCCUGUUUCUUUUAACUCAUACACAGGUAGCUUGAUUAACAAGCAGCUUGUGAUAAAUUGUGGUAUGUUAGUUGAAAUCAACAUAGUUUUUAAGGGCCUAUGCAGGUAAGCUGAGCUAGAAAAAGAGCUGUAAUUUUGUUCCCUUCAACAUGCUUUUUUACCUGCUGAAUACCAGCUAUCUUGUUUUAUCCCCAUACCCUUACCUGGUGAUGGUGCUUUUUGUAGAAGUGAUGUGUUGCUUUCCAUGUUGCACCUUCAUUUGAGCAGGGGAUGAUAAAGAAACUCUUCUUGCUUUCCAAAGAUGGAAAAAACCAAAGAGCAGUGCCUUGUGUGCUGUGAUUGCUGCAGAACUAGCCGUUUUGUUUCUUUGGCACUUGCUGUGUUAUGAGACCUGGUAGUUUCAGAAUAAGGAAGGAGUGUGUGCGUCUCCCAGCCUAAGUAGGACAAAGAAUAAUUUAGAUCUGACUUGCAAAAAUGGACAAUGUUUAAAACAGGUAUGGGGAUCCCUUGGCCCUAACAAGUAACAUGCACUUACUUGUGGCUUUCUUCUCAAAAGGCUUUGAGACAGUGAGAUCUGUACCCACAAGGUUUCACUUAUGCUGUACUGUUGUAGUAGAGUAGAUUUUGGAUGUGAAUCCAGAUUCUAGGUUGCUAAAUGACUUCUAAGCAUUAGGCAUCUAGCCUUGUUCCAAGCUGCCUUCUGGGUUUGUUGCUUCCUGCCAGCCAUAUGUUCACUGUAACUUCAGUAUAGAUGAUUUAGGGGCAUAAAUGUCAAACAAACAUGUUGAGGAGGAGAAAGCAAAGCAAGGAGCAAGAGGAGAAAAGCAGCACAACUUUCUGAAUUUCUUGUGGGCCCAGGUCAGAAUACAGAUGGAACUUUUGCUGGAUAUAGUACCAUUCUGCUUCAGCUGACAUCCUUUGGGUUUUUGCUCAAAAACUAAUUGAUACAUAUAGAGUCCAGAAACACUGUCUGGUAAAGAUGUUGGUUUCAUGUUGAGUCACCAUUUACGUUCACCCCAGUGGUGACUUUCAGUGAUCUAGUUAUAACAGACCAGCAGUUUUGAGCUGCUUCUCAUGUAAGCCCUUGCACAUGCAAUUUUCACUAUGAUUAAACAGAGAGCUGUGGUUUUUAAAGGUGUUAAAGAAGAGGCAACUGUUCAGAAAAGUUGAGUUGUGUGCAUGUGUAAAAGAAUUCUGAAGCUUAGAAAUCACUUUUGGGGUUUGGAGUGAAGUGUUCUGGUGCGCUGCUAAUGCUACCCUUUCUGCAAAAUAUCUGCAACAUCAGUUAUCAGCUUGAAGAUUCCAUAUACUGCUGGGAAUUUGUAUUCCUUCCCUUGUACAUAGCUAACAUACUUCAGUUUCUCCUUGAUGUGCUAGUUUCACAUGAGUAUAAUUUUCCAAAGCAUACAAUUCCAGAAUGCGAGGAAUGCUGUGCAUGCCAAUUUGCGUUUGGCAUCCGAAGUUUUCUGUUAAGAUUAGUUGUAUUGUAAUCCCAAAACGGCUAAAUUCAUACACUUUUAGUUAUUCUUGUGCAUGCAUUGCAGGGGCAACAAUCUUUUUUGUUUUUUAAAAAGCCAGCAUUGUUUUUCUUUUUGUGUUCAUUACCACAGGAACUCAGAGAAAACAGGAUAACUGUUUGGGACUUCCAUCUGUUUCCUCCCCACCUGAAGUCCUAAUCCCUCUGUUUCUUGAUUUCUACUAUCAAGGAUAUUGCCAUCAGGUGGAAAAUAAACAGAUGGGAUUCUGAAACUGAAAGCCUGUUUUCCUUCAUACAGAAUAUUUUUGUGCCUGGCAGAGCAAGUGCAGUGUCACAAGUGCUCUUUUAAAAAGACCGCUUGCUGAGUUGGUGACCAUUUGUCUCUUCUCUUGAAGCAACAAUAGCUUUUUUCAGAGGCGAACAUAUGAAAGGUAAAUUGCCAUAUAUUCGAGCGCGGUGACUAAAAACACUUGCCUUUUAACUCUUUCUGAAUUUGUUGUGGGGAGGACUAAUCAACUGUUCAAUGAACUUUAUAACUGUGAGAUUUAAUGGCUCCCCCUUUUUAUUUUUUCUUCAAUAGCCGUUUUCAAACUAUGAUGUGUGCGCACAUCCCCAUAUGCUGAUCCCAACACCAGAGAAAGAUGAUGAGCUGGGAAGCCCAAACUUCUCUCCUUUCAUGCUCCAAAGCCUUGCUUCAUCUAGAGAUUCGCCGUUGCCUGUUUUGGGGUAAUUUUUCCUAAUUUCAUGGCCUCCUGUUCCAUUAUUGCCUGUUACACUUUUUUCCCCACAUUUACUCUUGUUCUUUCUCUCUCUCCUGCAGCUGGGCAAAUAGGGAUGAAGUGUGGAAAAACAUGAUAAUAAAAGAACAGGCAUACAUAAGGGAUAAACUAUAUCUGCAAAGGCAUCCACUCUUGCAACCUAAAAUGCGGGUGAUUCUUCUAGACUGGCUAAUGGAGGUGAGACUGUCUUCUUAUGCUAAUAUUUGAAACAACGAACACAUCGAUGUGAGAUUGUUAUCAUAGUCUGUCUGGAGUUUCCUUGGGAGCAAAGGGUGUUUUGGAACUACUACCCUGGUAGAAGGGGAACUUAUUCCUUCAGUAGCUCCUAGUUCUAUUCCCAGCAUAGGAUAGAUUGCUGCCCGUCUGAUAGAGCUGGUUCAGAAUGGACUAGAGAUCCAGGUGAGGAAUAUCAAGAAUUGCUAAUAGGGAAGGAAGGUGGCGGGGAGAGUUCGGAGAGGGACAUGCACACAACAACUUCAAAAAGGCACUCUGGUAAAAGUGGCUGCUCGGAAGGUUGUUCUCAGAAGCAUUGGGAUUUUUAGAAAACUAAAGCACUAGGAUGCCAUGGGAAAUGAAAGGGGACACAGAUGUCGGGACAAUUCAUAGCUAAGCAAUAGCAGUUGGGUAGCCAGAACAGUGCCCAGGGCUCUCAGUAUUGUCAGUCAGUGUGUGCAUUUGGGCGUGGUAGGGAUUGGAUCUCCCAAGCAGGAUAAGCCAUUUUCAUGCCCAUACAAGUCCUAGGAUGCUCGUUUCCAUUUCAAUGGACGGAUCCUGAGGGUAGGUCCUGGCCCCUACAAUCAGGCCUCAGUUUCUUGGAGCUGUUUUGCCUUGUACAACAGCCAUAGGCAAGGCAAAAAGGAGUCCCCAUCACAAAUCAUGAAUUGACUCUCCUUGUCAUAGCCUGGAAGUCAGGCAGUUGUUCUUUAUAGGAAAACAAAUACUCUCUCUGCAAAGACAGUAACACUUAAGGAAAACAUUCUUCUAGUUUCAGCAAACUUUUCUUCAUUGUAGGCUUUAUGCUUCGGUGAAGAAACAAAUGUUUACUGCACUUUGGUUCACUUCUAUGCUUCUCUGCCAAAAUGUUAGAGAGGGGCAAUGAGGGGAAAUAUUUCCAGUCCCUAUCCCAUCUUUUUAUUGUGGCAAACAUUGCUGUAUCCUUUCUUCCCUCUUAACAGGCGUUUUUCUGCACUCCAGUCCGUUUUUUGCAUUUGUCAGUGCAGGGAGACUUUUUAUUUAUUUUUGCUGGUGCCACAGGGGCUUCCCUUCAGUUUUCGUGUCAUGUCAUUCAGCAUGUAUUCAUAUUGUCAGACCAACGCCUCCAAAACAAAGGCCCCAGGGUGCUCCAGAUCCUAGGAAAACUUUGUGGUGUUCUGCUAGCAAGUAGUUCAUUCCAUUUGCAGUUGCAGCUGGCCCAGUGCAAAGUGAGGUGGCUGCUGAAGUAAGAUUCAACUUCCAGUUAGGUUGGGUUUUGUACUUCUUUUGCAGGGCGAGGAACAGCAUGUAGUCUUUUGCUUGGGGCAGCAAAAUGUCUUGAAUCAGCUCUGCUUAUAGUACAAAAAUGAACAUAUUUUGGGGCAGGAAAGCAUAGCUAUAUCAUAGACUAAAUCAGCUCAUCUUUAGGAAACACUAUACAGUUGUACCUUUGUUCUUGAACGCAAUCCAUUCCGGAAGUCUGUUCGACUUCCAAAAUGUUCAGAAACCAAGGCACGGCUUCCAGUUGACUGCAGGAAGCUCCUGCAGCCAAUUGGAAGCCGCGUUGGACGUUCAGCUUCAAAACAUAGUUCGCAAAAUGUUCAGGAGCCAAAACGUUUGAGUUGUUUGAAAACCAAGGUGCAACUGUAGUUCCACUGAGCUUCACAUUAAGAAGGUCCCUGGUUCAUCAUGGAGUUAUGCAGCUGAGAAGCAGAAUGACACCCUUCUGUCUCUUGCAGGUUUGCGAAGUCUACAAGCUUCAUAGAGAGACAUUUUAUUUGGCACAGGAUUUUUUCGAUCGGUUCAUGGCAACGCAACAGAACAUUGUAAAGACACUUCUGCAACUUAUUGGAAUUUCAUCCUUAUUUAUAGCCGCAAAGCUUGAGGUAAAACGAGUCUUGCCCUGCAAACCUAAAUGCAUUUUCUGUGGUGCAAUCUCCACUUAACGUGGUGAGACUUGCUUUCAAGUAAAUAUGCAUAGGAUCACACUCUUAAAGUAAAAGAAAUUGGAUGUCUAUUCUUUUGUGAGCCAUCUUUUGAUGGAAUGCAAUCUGGGAUUGAAAAUGGUUUGGGCUUUGUUGUUCUGCUCCUACAAUACUAUUUUUAUAUAAAGUAUAAUCUUUUAAGCUUGGAGGAAUCAUUAGUGGUCUGCAGAUGUUGGAGUACUAUUCCCAUCAUCCUUGGUGAUGUUGGCUGGGGCUGAUGGAAGUUGGAGCACAAAACCUUCUGAUUGAAACAGCUGGGGAAAGCUGCUUUAAGAGGUUAGCACGUCUGUUUUAAAGCAUGGGUUACUUUAGUAACAAUCCAUGUUAUCAGAAGUACAUUCGGCCUCCUUCCAGUCCAGUCCUGACCUCUGGUCUAAAUCCUACAGUGAAAUGCCACACUUAAACAUUUUUAAACUUCCAAGAAUUAUUUACGUUUUAUGGUACUUGUAGGUUGCCUCUCUGCCUGAAAGCACCCAAGCUACUAUUUAACAUUAAUAACUAAAAUGGGUGUGGGUGUGUUCGUCAUUAAAGUUCAAUAAAACCAAAUUGAAGUUGCCUUUCACUUGCCUCCCUGUUUUAAGAUGAAUCAGACACACACCAGUGACGUUGACAUACUGGCAGAUGUGUGAUAAGCCUUAAGCACUUUUUUGUAGAAGACAUCUUUGUAAAUUUGAUAAGAACACCAACUCUUGUGUACAAAUUCUGGUUCCUCAAAGUCCUUCUUUGUAUUUCCUUCCCCACUGCAGCUGGUAAUAUCAUAGAAAUGAACAGAUAUGGGGCUGCAAACUGCAGGAAGAAGAGAAAGGCUGUGUUUUCACAUACAUUUCAAAGUAAAAGGCUUUGUCACCUGCCGUCUUGGCCAUUUUGAUUGAAGAGGCUAUGAUCCUUGAUGGAUCUUGUGUUCUUAACAGCAGCCAUAAAGUUGCUAUUACAUUUGCUGCUGGGCCUAAUUGAUCUGAGUUCGGAAAUCCCUGUACAUCAGAAUAGUGCUGUUACCCCCCCCCCCCAAAUUAGGCAUUGAUAGCUGUCAGUGUCUGGAACCAUCUGGCUUUGCCAUUUACCACUGUUGACAAUGCAUUGAUGUCCCAUCUUCCAUGUUUCAGGAAAUCUAUCCUCCAAAGUUGCAGCAGUUUGCAUAUGUUACAGAUGGGGCUUGUACUGAAGAAGAAAUUCUUAGUAUGGAACUCAUCAUUAUGAAGGUAAAUGUGAUUGUGUGUGUGUGUGUGUGUGUGUGUGUUUGGAAUGGAUUGUAGGGAAAAUUGCAUUCUUCUUUUUUAAAAGUCGCAUCCUCGGUACCUUGAGCAAAGCCUUUCCCAAGCCACUCAGUGCAAUCAGCCAUGGUGAAAAGGCAGCACUUUUUGUUGCCAAAAGCAUGUCAGUUAAUCAGUGGCAUGUCUGUCUUUCAGUUCUUUAUCUUCCAUUAUCAGUGAUUCUUUUAUAGCUGUGUAGAUAGAAAUCUCCUGUCCAUUUUGAGACAUCUGAAACAGCUUGGCUCAGCAUGAAAGACUGCUGGUGCAUUUUGACAUAGAGUAGUACAUUUUGUAAGUCCAUGGUGAAAGUGACCCAAAUUCCAUCUGUGUACUAAUUCUGUAACUUGCAAUAUGUUAUUGUUAGUAGUAGUAGUACUUACAAGUAGGUGUAAGUGCAACCUCAGGGUAAUAAUGCAUGGGAUUUCUUUCUCUUUCUAACCCAGCCCUCUCUUUAAUCAUUGCAACAGCCCUGUGUAAGGUUAAGCGAGAGUGACUGGCACAAAGUCAUCUGGGGAAGUUCAUAGUUGAGUUUAAUUCCAGUCGCCUUGGUCAAAGACCCUGUCCUCUACAGCACACUGGCUCUCAUAUUUAUUUUUUCAUAAGUGUGUACAGUGGUACCUCGGUUUACAAACUUAAUCCGUUCCGGAAGUCCGUUCUUAAACCGAAACCAUUCUUAAACCGAGACGCGCUUUCCCUAAUGAGGCCUCCUGCCGCCGGUGCUCUUUCACCGUUUGGAUUCCGUUCUUAGACCGAGGUAAAGUUCGCAAACCGGGACACUACUUCCGGUUUUGCAGAGUUCGUAAAUCGAAUCGUUCGUAAACAGGACUGUUUUGAAACUGAGGUACCACUGUAUAUGAAUGUGCAGCGUGGCAGCAGGAUUGCACUUGCCACGUGUGCAUUCUGGAUUAGGCCAAAGGUCCAGUAUUCUCACACUGGUCAUCAGGUUCCCAAAGGAAGCCCGCAAGCAGGACUCAAGUGCAACAAGACUCUAAUUCAUAUCUGUCCAAGUGGGUGGCCAUUACUGUCUCUUGAGGGAGUGCAUUUCAUAGUUUAACUAUGUGUUGUGUGAAGAAGUACUCCAGAGAUGCCCUGCCUCUGCACUCUGAUGUAAAAGUGAAUGUCAGAUACCUGCAUUGCAGGGGGUUGGACUUGGGAAUCCCUUCUGACUGUGAUUCUAUGCUAAGCAUAAUUGUAGCAUCAGUGCAUUGGAAUGAAUGCACAUGUGUCUCCUGUGCUUACUACCAUUAGUAUAUGGAAUCAAGGCCUGAUUUGCUUCUUUUUUACAUGUUUGGCAUAGACUCUUGCCCCAUAGGUUAUUUAUUUAGCCUCCAUGUCGGUGCCAACGAAGGAGAGAGCUUUCUAGGCUUGCUGUGAUGAGCCCCAUCACAGUUUUGUAUCAAAGCUGUUACAAAAGUCGACGACUGUUGUCAGUCCGUAACCACAUUCAGUUGUGUUUGCAAAGAAGAGCAAGCAAAUACCCUGUGGGUGCUAAAGAAACUCACUUUACCUCCUGACAUGCACGCUCUCUUCUAGGCACUCAAUUGGAAUCUGAGUCCCCUCACGGUUGUGUCCUGGCUAAACAUAUACAUGCAGGUCGCUUAUCUAAAUGAAAUCUGUGAGAUGCUGCUACCGCAAUACCCCCAGGAGAUAUUUGUGCAGAUAGCUGAGGUAAGGACGAAUUCUGCCCUUAAACAUUUCACCCGCCACUUUUGUUAGAAACGUUUCCUUUCAAGCUCUCUAUCCCCUCUCUCCAGCUUUUGGAUCUCUGCGUGCUGGAUGUUGGCUGUUUGGACUACUCCUAUGGCGCCUUAGCUGCUUCUGCAUUAUAUCACUUCUCCUCUUGUGAGCUGAUGCAGAAGGUUUCGGGUAAGCUGCGUUUUAAUGAAAGAGAAGAAAUCCAGUGGUUCUAAGUCAAGCGGAGGCAUGACUUACAAAGGCGGGUAUCUUCUUGAUUUUCUAGGUUAUCAAUUAUGGGAAAUACAGGACUGUGUGAAGUGGAUGGUUCCCUUUGCUGUGGCCAUCAAGGAGGUGGGGAGCUCGCCGCUCAAACACUUCAGAGGCAUUCCUUUGGAAGAUUUGCACAAUAUACAGAUGCACAUUAACACCUUUAACUUGCUGGUGAGUGUUCUCAUAGAUACAUCUUAGUGGCCAAAGGCCUCCUUGCUUUUGUAAGGUAACAGUAAAGGGACCCCUGCCUGUUAAGUCCAGUCGCAGAUGACUCUGGGGCAGCAGCGCUCAUCUCGCUUUACUGGCCGAGGGAGCCGGCGUACAGCUUCCGGGUCAUGUGGCCAGCAUGUCUAAGCUACUUCUGGCGAACCAGAGCUUUGCACGGAAACGCCGUUUACCUUCCUGCCGGAGCGGUACCUAUUUAUCUACUUGCACUUUGAUGUGCUUUCGAACUGCUAGGUUGGCAGGAGGUGGGACCGAGCAACAGGAGCUCACCCCAUCGUGGGGAUUCAAACUGCUGACCUUCUGAUCCACAAGCCUAGGCUCAGUGGGUUUAGACCACCAUACUUUGCUUUCAUAGAGCAUGAGAAUAAAAGGUGAAAUGUGUGUGUGUGAGAGAGAGAGAAUGUUGUAUUCAACUAACUUUUAGAGUCGGCCCAGUGAAAUUAAUAGACCCAAGUUAGUCCCGGCCAUUAAUUUCACUGGGUCUAACUCAUGAGUGAAAGAUAGUUGAAUGCAACACUAAAUGUUCAGAAACUCCCUCAAAAGUGUUAAAUGCAAGAGGACAUCAGGGUACCUUCCCAACCCCUGGCCCUCAAGCAUAUACAGCUGGGCUGUGAUGAAGUGAGGCCUGGUAAGUCUCAUCACUUCAUCUCUCCCUGUUUGUCUACAUCAGGUCUGGGGAACCUUUAGCCCCUCUUGGUGAACUACAGCUGCCAACAUUCCUGGCCAUUGGCCAUGCUUGCUAGGGCAUAUGGGAGCUGUUGUUCAGCAAGGCCCCCCACUCCUGGUCUAAAGUGUUGGACUUAAACCUGAGAGACUGACUUUGAAAACAGACUUGAUCUGUGUGAUUUAGUGAUUAGAUCAGGAGAGCAUAUUUAAAAUUUAAUUCCAUUUUUGAAUCUAUCUGAAUCGUCUCAAAGCGAUAAGCAGAAACAUCAACAGUAAAAACUAUUUAAUAUAUAAAAACAAUUUAAUAUAUAAAAACCAUUCAGAGCCAGUGCAGAUGCAGGAAGCUUUGCAAUCCUGUCCCAUUAGCCUAUAUAACUUAGAACCUAGUGACUUGCCUUUCCGGUUAACGGGAAAGGGUUGUAAAGCACUCUUGCCAGUUUUGCAACUUAAAUCGCAUUCCCGAUGCAGCAAAUGUUAGUGAUUUCUGGAAAUAAUGUUUGAGCUGUAGCAACGGGGAGUAAUAUUCCCUCAUUGUAAUGUUGAAUUCUUAAGCCUGCUCGUGUACAGAUUUGACUUUUCAUAACUAAUUCUCAGUUUUGUGCUGGAAUGCCCACCACAUAUGAUAUAUAUGUAUGCUUUGGCACUCGUCAUUUUAAAACAUGGUCACGCAGCAGAGGAUUGGGGUCCUUCUCAUGUAUUUUAAAGUUGUAAGUACACAAACACAUAGACUAGGUAUCUGUGUCCAGAUGCAGCUUUCUGUAUAUAUUCCUCUCUGAGUAUGUGUCAUGAGUUUGCUCUUGAAACCUAAAAACAACACAGGGAUUCUGGACACAUGAAUGAGCAGUCAAUCAUUCACUCUCGGCGUUCUUCUUUUCUAGGACAAAGUUCAAGAAAAACAAGCUGCAUUGGCCAAGAAGAGGAGGAGUUCUCCUCUACCCCUGGGUGUCCUCACCCCACCUCAGAGCAGUAAGAAAUUGUCUCUGACACCCAAACAGCUGUAA